AGAGGCAGCGCGGCCCAGCCGGAGUGAUGGUGCAGGGGGCCGGCGCCACGCUGCCCCAUUGAGGGGCGCGUGCUCUGGUCCGGGGUCCGCAGCGCCGCCGCCGCCGCCGCCGCCGCUGCCGCGUCGCUCCCGGGGGCGGGCUGGCUGGCGGACGGGCGGGAAGAUGCUGAGCAGGUUGAUGAGCGGCAGCAGCAGGAACCUGGAGCGCGAGUACAGCUGCACCGUGCGGCUCCUGGACGACAGCGAGUACACCUGCACCAUCCAGAGAGAUGCCAAAGGCCAGUACCUGUUUGAUCUUCUUUGCCACCACUUGAACUUACUUGAAAAAGACUAUUUUGGAAUCCGUUUUGUGGACCCGGAUAAGCAGAGGCAUUGGUUGGAGUUUACAAAGUCUGUGGUGAAACAGCUGAGAUCCCAGCCUCCAUUCACCAUGUGUUUCCGAGUGAAGUUUUACCCUGCAGAUCCAGCUGCCCUGAGAGAGGAAAUAACUAGGUAUUUAGUCUUCCUACAGAUCAAAAGGGAUCUCUACCAUGGCCGCCUCCUCUGUAAGACAUCGGAUGCUGCUUUGCUAGCAGCCUACAUACUUCAAGCCGAGAUUGGGGAUUAUGACCCCGGAAAGCAUCCAGAGGGCUACAGCUCCAAGUUCCAAUUUUUCCCUAAACAUUCAGAGAAGCUGGAAAGGAAAAUUGCCGAGAUCCACAAAACUGAACUCAGUGGUCAGACACCAGCAACGUCAGAGUUAAAUUUUUUGAGAAAAGCCCAGACUUUGGAAACCUAUGGAGUUGAUCCUCACCCGUGCAAGGAUGUGUCAGGGAAUGCUGCAUUUCUGGCCUUCACUCCCUUUGGGUUUGUGGUUCUGCAAGGCAACAAGAGGGUUCACUUCAUAAAAUGGAAUGAGGUGACCAAGCUGAAAUUUGAAGGAAAAACUUUCUAUUUAUAUGUAAGUCAGAAAGAGGAAAAGAAAAUUGUUCUUACAUAUUUUGCUCCUACACCAGAAGCCUGCAAGCAUCUCUGGAAAUGUGGAAUAGAAAACCAAGCCUUCUACAAAUUGGAGAAGUCAAGCCAGGUCCGCACCGUCUCCAGCAGCAAUUUAUUCUUCAAAGGGAGCCGGUUCCGAUACAGUGGCCGAGUGGCAAAGGAAGUGAUGGAAUCUAGCGCCAAGAUUAAAAGGGAACCACCAGAAAUACACAGGGCCGGAAUGGUUCCCAGCCGGAGCUGCCCUUCCAUCACACACGGACCGAGGUUGAGCAGCGUCCCCAGGACCCGCCGAAGAGCUGUUCACAUCUCCAUCAUGGAAGGUCUGGAAUCCCUUCGGGACAGCGCUCACUCAACCCCAGUUCGAUCAACCUCCCACAGUGAUACCUUCCUGCCUCACGUGCGGAGCGGCCGGGCAGACAGUAGCGAGCGGGUGGCAGUGAUAGCAGAUGAGGCCUACAGCCCAGCAGACAGCGUGCUGCCCACUCCCGUGGCAGAGCACAGCCUGGAGCUGAUGCUGCUCUCAAGGCAGAUCAAUGGGGCCCCUUGCAGCAUCGAAGAGGAGAAGGAAUCGGAAGCCAGCACCCCAACCACAGCAGAAGUGGAGGCACUGGGGGGCGAGCUGAAGGCCCUGUGUCCAGGCCACAACGGGCCAGAGGCAGAACAGGUGAAUAAGUUUGUUUUAAGUGUCCUCCGUUUGCUCCUUGUGACUGUGGGACUCCUCUUUGUUUUGCUUCUCCUCCUCAUCAUCCUUACCGAGUCUGACCUUGACAUUGCCUUUUUCCGUGAUAUCCGCCAGACCCCUGAAUUUGAACAGUUCCAUUAUCAAUACUUUUAUCCCCUCAGGCGAUGGUUUGCCUGCAAAAUCCGCUCAGUCAUGAGCCUGCUUAUUGACACCUGAGAAGGUAUGACUCCUCCCAUUAACUAGCCAGGUGGACCGAGGAGAUACCUGCUACUCGUUCCCAGCAAUGGGACCCAUCGCGGAACCAUCGGCACAUAUAAGUCCUCCUCUCAUGACUCCAAGUACACUGCAGCCUAGGAGGGUUGUUUCCCGGGAGAAGAAAGGGAUAGGCUUGAGUCCUGCCUAAAUAAACUGGGGAAACUCAUUUUCUUCUGAAGUUCUUUCAAGAAAGACUCUGCGGUUCUGUUUUUCUUCUUUCCAAUUUGCAGGAUAAUUUCUGGGUUUGAAUUUUGAUUUUCAUAGAUGUUUAUUAUUUUGAAAGUAUCAAAUAAAAAGAAUUUAUUUUAUUAUAACUAAUGAUUAUUCCAUUAGUGUCACCUGGCAGAUGGGACACUAGUUAAGGACUAGCACUGUUGUAUCCUGCAGGAGCCUUUGUAAUGGUGCUAUGGAGUGCUAGUGGACUGGCCACAGCAGCCUCAGAGGAAUGUGUUUGGGGUAAAGCAGUUUCUGAAAAGGGGAUUUGCUCAGGCUCCCUUCCCAGCCACAACUUUUUCACUAACAGACAUCUGCUUUGAAUAGAUUGGAAAGCUGGUUCACAUAACCAACCCCUUUAUCAAUUGGUCUGAGUUGGAUUUAUUUUUUUUCCUUUUCUUUUUUUUUUUUCAAAUCUGAGCAGAGUGUGGGCAUCUGAAGGGCCACCGAAACAGCCAGCAGCAGCAGCAGCAGGGGUAGGGUAAGUCUGUUCCCUUAGACUAGAGCCUGGUGCACACCAGUGUGUAUCUGUUACGUGAAUUCAGUCAUCUGCGGAUUUUUUUCCCCAAGCUUCAACCCUUUUUUUAUUGGUCCAGAGGUAUUAAAGUACUAAGGCAAAUGAAGUUACUAGCCAUGGAUUGCCCAUUCAGGAAUUUCAGGCAAAAGCACAGGUAGCAGCAAUCAUAGCUUAGUUACCUGACAGACCUUUGAUUCAGUGGUACAUAUUUUGUACCCACCCGAAAAGGACACUUUCACAAUGUAUAAUUUAAGAACCAAAUGCCUUUUUGUUAAUCAUCUUUUUUUUUUUUACUUUGUGGAGUGAGCAAAUAGAAUCUGAUUACAAAAUGGUUCAAGGAAGAAAUUGAUCCUGAGGAUGAAAAGCUUCCAGAAAAACAGAAUUCCAACAUCAGUAUCCAUGGAGGAGGCCAGAAGAAAUCAGCCAAGGGGGAUUUCUAAGUCUAGAAGGUAAAAGAACUGGACUAAAAGUGUGGAGUCAAUACUGGAAUUCAACCUUUUAGGGCCAUCCUCUUCAUCAGGAAAAUGAAGGCCCAAUAUCCUCACCAAGGGAAGCCUCAACAAUACCUGCCUAAGAACACGCAGGGAAAGCAUAUGCUCAGAAAGGCACAAGAUCUUGCUUUCAUCUCAGGGAGAGAUUUCUAAGUUAUACGGGGCCUAACAAACCUUAUUAAGGAAGACUCUUGAUGGCUGUGUUCCUGAGACAAAUUUCAGAUGGCUGCUGCUUUUACCCCUAGAGGGGGAGCAGAAUGAGCAGUUUUCAACUUAGAUCUUCCCUCAUUAGCUGCACACUCAAACCAGCGAACAAACAGCAAAUGAAAUGAUGAAAGUGGAUCCAUGAUUUUUAAUAGAAAUCAAGGCUGUUGCACAAGCUUUUUUUUUUUAUACCAUUUUAUUGUUUUUAUGAAAGAUGUCUUUUUUCAUCUGUAACAUUAAAAACCUUCUCCUGCCAUUGUGGGCAGACCCAAUUAUAUGCUAGGAGGAGGAGAUAUUAAGAUACCUGUGACCAUUUCCCUUUGGAAACCUCAUGCUAUGUGAGGACCAUACCCCAUGCUAGACUAAAGAUGCCUGAACCUGAAAGAACAGGACGAUCUGGUAGAAUGGAUUGUCCUACAGCCUCCCUGCCAGCAACACCCUUUUCAGCAGUGUCCUCUGGACAGGGUGGCAAACAGACCAAGAAUGAUGGGAGAAAAGAGAGGUCACUGAAUACAAGUUUGGUUUCACAUAAGAGUUGCUGCCAUUUAUAAGAAAGCUUUUAGCAUAGGACUACAAAUGAAAGUAGACAAUGUGAGAAAAGGCUGCCAGGAGCUAGGGGGCUGGUUUUAACAUGGAUAUCUACUGUCUUAUGCAACAUAGCCGAUUAACUUUUAGUGUAGUGUUCCUACCUCAGCCUGUAGUAACAUGUGUUUCUAUGCAGCAAGUGAUAGUCUCAAACCAGACCGUUUUCAUUACAUAUUAAAGAUGCAGUAUUUCAUUUUCUAAUGUGUUACUUGUGUCUAGAGUCCUAAUGGUACAAUAGUGCUACACUACUUCCAAUUGUGAGAGUUUGUCCAUUGAACUGUUUUUUUUUUAAAAAGAGUUUAACCCAAAAACUACGGACAGAAUUUUUUCCUUAGAUUUACUUUUGAA